UCCCCAGACCAGAAACUGAGAGAAAACAAGUACAGCCAUGGCUUCAGGUUCAAACCACCAAGUGAAGCUUUUCGGACUCGUAAAUAGCCCAUUUGUGGCGAGAGCAGAGAUUGCUCUGAAACUCAAGGGAGUGGAAUGCGAAUACGUUCACGAAUCACUUGCCAACAAAAGUGAUCUUCUUCUCAAGUACAACCCAGUUCACAAGAAGGUCCCUGUUCUUCUCCACGACGACAAGCCCGUCUGCGAGUCGUUCGUGAUCGUCGAAUACGUCGACGAGACUUGGUCUGGCUAUCCAAUCUUGCCCUCCGAUCCUCAUCACAGAGCCCUGGCUCGUUUCUGGUCCAGGUUCAUCGACGACAAGGUGGUGCCUGCACUAUCGAAAGCAACAAAGAGCCCGAACGAGAAAGAGAGGGAAAAUGGCGCGGAAGAAUUAAGAGUGGCUCUGGAGCUUCUGGAGAAGGAGCUGAAAGGGAAGUUCUUCAACGGAGAUUCGAUCGGAAUCGUGGACAUCGCUUCUCUGUUGGUGGCUUUCUGGCUGCCGGUUAUUGAAGAAGCCGGCGGGCUUAUUGAUGUGUACAGUGGUGAGAAAUAUCCGAAGCUGUACAAGUGGAGUGAAGAGAUUUUGAAUAAGCCUGUGGUGAAAGAAGUUUUGCGUCCCAGAGAAAAUCUGCUUGCGUUCUUCAAAACUCUCUUCCAGAAGUAGAUGAUCAGAGAAUAAUUUUUAAUAUUUAACUUAACACUUUCAAAACUCCCAAAAUCAAAUAAUAUAAGCUAUUCAAUAAUUCUAAAAAAAAUAGUUUUGAUUAAAUUUUACAUUUACCCUCGUCUUUUUUAUCAGAGAUCCUCAAGGGCGAUUUUCCCAACUUUCUUUGAUUUCUAACGUAAUGAACGGAGAGCGAGUAUUUGGUCUCCAAAGUACUUCA